GUUGUGUUUGCAUCCCAAUCUUUGUCAAGUAUGCUGUACACGUAACGCGUUUACAAAUAACAUUGCCAAUUAGUGGACAAUCAUCAUGUGUGAAAUGCAUACGCUUAUAUGAAGUAUCGGCACGGUGUGAUCCAGACAUACAAGUAAAAUUGGGACGUCCUUAUCUAUGCGGUAUUUAACGACACCGCAAAACUACAAAUAUGUCUCGUAUUGAUUUGACAACAAACAAUUCCGAACUUACGUUACAGGAAAUAGAAUGGCAGAUUUUUGUUGAGAAGGAUAUACCAUUGACUGUGUUUCUAUCCAUUCUCAGUGUUAUUGGGACGCUAGAAAACUUUAUGGUCAUCUUGACCGUUGGACGGCGUGGCAGGUGGCCAAACUACAGGAUCCUCAUACAAUGCCUUGCUGUCGCUGACUUAUUUUCCUGUGCGUUAAGCAUUCCGGGAUACGUUGUUCUUUCAAGGUUCCGAUACACCAUCGAAUCCGAUGUCUUUUGUAGGUGUACCACAAUGUUCCAUAUCUUCGUUGGAGCUUAUUCUGUCGAUUUGUUAUGCUUCAUAUCUAUAGAACGCUUCCGGAAAACUUGCAGGCCAUUUGCAAAGCAGUUCAGCAUAACACACACAAAGAUUGUCAGUGCAUGUUUGGCUGUGUUUGACCUAGGACUGGCGACGUUGGGACUUUUUACAUUCAGUGCUCAACCCAUAAUGGUAGGUAAGCUCACCGGACACUGUUGUCGAAUCAUCAAAGAAGGAACAUUCGCGAAAAUAUUUAGUCAGACACUAAGCUUAUUUCUCUUCCUUAAAAUAGUUGUCUGUACAAUUUUAUACAUCAUAAUUGGAAGAACAAUUCUCAUGCAUAGGAAGCACAUACCGAUGAUAGCAUCAUUUAAACAUCAAAGUUCCAGAAAUAUGAACCCACAUGGCGAUCAGGAAAAUAACAAGGAUCGGGAAUUGAACGGAGCAAACGGGUGUAAUACUCAAAGAAUCUCAACCAAAAGUGUGACGAGCUAUGAGCUGAGUACUUUGUCACAAAGCAAUGGAUCAAAUAGACAGCAGAGAUCAACAUUGAAAGGAAAAGCCCUGUACACAAAAAGUGCUCAAAUAUCCUUCAUGUUUCUCAUGUGCACAUGCUUGUCUUUCCUGUCCUUCGUGCCUGUUCUCGCGAUCAGAUGUAUCGGGAGUUUUGAUUGGCAGCUGAGAGUGGACCUGUUUGAGUUCCUCGGACCGAUGGCAGGGAUUGUUUACCGAUUACACGUGCUGAAUCACGUGAUCAACCCCAUUGUUUACUGUUUGACUAACAGCAACUUUAGACGAGACUGCACCAACCUCUUCAAAUGCCGAGCCUAACGUUACUAUUGUGAUGUUGUUGACAAGCGUAAGUUUCAGGACUAAGAUACUUUCUUCGUCGGUGUAAUCAUGAAAAGGUGGCUAUCUGCUUCCAACAGAGAAUUAGAGUACCAGUUGAGAAGGCUCUUUGUACAUUAUGAAGAUUUUCUUCGGCGUCCAUUGACAUUAAACAGCAACAAAAUAUGCUUUACUUAUAUAAAAAAAACUUUGCAGUUACGUUUACAUUUUAUUUACUCAUUUACAUGUCAAACAUUUCAUAAUCUCAUGACUUUUGCUUAAUUGUAUAUAUUUAUAAUGUUUAUAAGCUGAUUUAAGGAGGAUUGAAUUAUAUAUACAUAUAUACAUGUAUUACAUUAUUUUCAUACUUACUUUUAACUUAUAUAUUAUGACAUAUUAAUGCAUUCUUAAUUUCGACCAU